AUGGCCAGUGACUCGGAUGGCGUUCCCACCAGCGACACAAGUUCCAGCUCAAAUCCCGUGUCCUCCGACUCGACGCCAGCCGCAAACACCUCCGAUGAGACAGCAGACAUUGACCCCGCGGAUUUCAUUCAAGAGGAACUGCAGUCUUUCGCCGAGCUCGUCGACGAGCUUGUACAAGGCGCCGUCAGCAAUGAUUUCAAUCUACCGGAAGCCACUCCUCCGCGCACUGCCGCCCCGGCUGCAGAGCCUGCUAGUAUCCCUCGAAAUGAGGUGUGGCUCUUGCGGAAUCUUUUUCUCUACUCCUCUGGUACGGAAACCUUUCAAACCCUGACUGAACUCUGGUCCCGAGGACAAGACAACUUAGAUCUUGAAUUGCAAUACCAGGAGGUAAUGAAUGCAUAA